CGAGCGGCCGCCUUCUCACCGUGGGCCUAUCGCCGCUGCAUUUUUUUUUCCUCUAUAGCAAAAAAACAACCCAAAACGUAUUUUAGAUCGUUAUCUCAUGAGGACAGAGUUUUACAUGACCGAUUACAUGUAAUUUUACCACGUUCCUUCCGUGGUUUGAAAGACAUCUCCGAUUUACUGGAUUGCUCACCCCUACUCGUUAGUGUCAGGUGGUUUGGUCUAAUGGACAGCCUGCGAAAGGGGCGUGGCGGCUAGUUUAGCGCUUCCUAUUGGUCGGAGGAGAGGCAGUGGCUGUGAACUCUGCAAUCGGAUUGGUCGGUCGGUUACAAGCUGUUCGUCGGCCAUUUUGGGGCCGUGUGCAAACCGCGUGUGGCGCAGGCAGAGAUACAGGGUAAGGAUGGGGGUCGCAGAGCUCGGGCUGGGGGCUCCGAUACGGCGGGGGGAGGUCACACUGAGCCCGCGGGCAGCACGGAGGUGAGGGGGAAGCUCGGGCUGGGAGCGAGAGCCAGAGAUAGUAUGGAGGCCUCGGGCAGCGCGGGGAAAGGCUCGGCCUGAACCCGAGGGCCUCAGCGUGUGCGGGCUCUGAGCCCCAUGCCGUCUGUGAGGGAGCCGGGCGGGGGGCCGGGGGGAGCCUGGCAGCCAGUAAUGUCCGUCACAUGGCGGCACCGCGCGGCGAGCUGGCCGGGGAACAUCAUCUUCAGGAGUCAGACAUGUGGCGGGAGGGGGAGAGAGAGCCGGACUAGUGGGAUACACAGAGUAUUACUGACUGAUGGAGGGGCUAUGCAAAGACUUAUUAUUUUAAUAUUGUUUCCCCACUUGUGAAAUGUGAAUUAAGUUCGUGGGCAGUCUUGGGAAUCUCAAGUAACAAUCUUAUAUAUUCAAACCCUGUGUAAUUAGAGGAAUGGUGGAAGCUGUGUUAAAGACUACACGUUUUGCCAAAUGAGGUUUGUGCUCAAAAGUAGCCGUGGUUAUUCUCAAUUAUAGAAUAACAUGUCUUUUGCGCCAAAUGGUUACAGUAAUAUAGAAUGUCCACACACACACAAAUGUUCUGGAGAUAAUUUUUAGCCUAUGCUGCUUAAACACGGUGGUGUUCACUGGGGAGCUGGUUUUAGAAACUGUCUGAUUUUAGUGAAGCAACAGUUCCGCUUCUAAAUACUAAAGUCUCGUUUUAUAAAUCAGCCUUAGGCAAAGAUGUUCUGCACAGUUAUUCAGCCGGUCUAAUUGGAAUUUGAAAUAUGCACAUCUACUUAUCAAUCACUUGAAUGUGUUGCCUCCACUUGGUUUUGGCACAACUGCUGUGUAAUGCAAGAUGUUUAACACAUAGCUUUGAGUGUGUAUGCAAUUGGUGUGUAUCCACUUAAAACUUAUAUCUGUCUCCCACCUGGUUUAUAGAGGCAGCUUUUUAACACACGAUCACAUUAGUACGCUACUUGGGUGUGGGUCUCUGUCCUUAAUGACUACAAACUUUAUUUUUUUUUCUUACAGAAAACUAAUCUGAAAAUGAGCAGCAACGAGUGCUUUAAGUGUGGUCGCUCUGGUCACUGGGCUCGGGAGUGCCCAACUGGAGGGGGUCGUGGACGUGGUGGAAGAGGCAGAGGAAGAGGUGGCUUUAAUUCAUCCAGGGGUAACAACUGUCUUAUUCUGUUAAGAAACCUGGGAAUGGUGUGCUUUUGUACAUGUUUCAAAUUCGUAUUUGAUUUUCCAGCAGGUUUCCAGUUCAUUUCUUCAUCUCUGCCGGAUAUCUGUUAUCGAUGCGGAGAAUCUGGCCAUCUUGCCAAGGACUGUGAUCUUCAGGAGGAUGGUGAGAUUUGUAAGAUUGACAAAAUAAUUAUUCGUUCUCAUGGCCCUUUUGAUAGCCAACAAAGUGCAUAGCUUGGGCUACCUCAGAGUUUUUUUUUGUUUGUUUGUUUUUUUUUACUUUUGGGCAAGUUUACAUUUUCUGUAGACACAACCUGGACUCGUAGAGGCUCAUUCACUAAAGUAAGAAUUUUUAGGAAUGCAAAGUGAAUUUAAAAAUUCAGAGAAACACUAUAGCAUUAUGAAUAGAAUUGUGUGUUUUUAACACAAUAGUGUCCACCUCCCCUUUGUAACUGAUACAUCCAAAGCUCCUCAUAGAGAAACAUUGCAUGGGAAUGUAUAGGCAUUCACACUUAGUCUGUGCUGCGGUAGAACCUCUGUUGGCUGUUAUACUGAAAGCAUUAGAGAAGGAUUUAUACCUGCAAUGUAAAAUAUUGCAGUUUCUGGAGAAACAGCACUGCUUUACAUUAAAGAGUUAAGGGGACAGAACACUGCACCCAGACCACUUCACUAAAAGUGAUUUUCUUAUACAUUAUUUAUAUGGCUUUAACAUUCUGCAGCACUUUGCAAUAUAUACACUGGGGAUGUUAAGAAAAUUCUGACGUAUACAAGAGGUGAACAGUAUUCAUGUGGCAAUUGAUUAAAAUCACUGUAGCAGUAAGUGCAAUCUUCACUAAAAGACAUCUAAUGGGAACGCUUGUUUCCUUUCUGCUUUCCAAGCGAUUGUACACUGUGCUAACUAAACUAAUGUGCUUCUUCAACAUACUUGCAUAUGAUAAAUCCAUUCACAAAACUGUAGCAUGGACUUCUGCAACAUGCUGUACUACGCAUCCCAUUAACUUAUUCUGUUGGGUUGCUUGAGCCUCUUCAUGGUUUGCUAAAAGCUCUCUAAACAAAUCGCAAACUCUAUGGCUUUACUCGAACUUAAAAGAAGAAUGUAUUAAUUAGUGUUUAACAUAAUACAAUGGUGUUGACUUCUGUCUGAAUGAGUAGAACCUUUCAUUUCAGAAAGUGUUUCCAAGUUUGUACACAUACAUGUUAUCACAUUAUCUAGCAAUACAACAAAAGAAACCAAGCACUUGUGUAAUUUUCCUUGUUGUUCUUUAUUACACCAAGACAGUGUCGCUGGUGUAAUUAAGGACCAUAAGGAAAGACAUGAGAGUUGGUGUUUUGUUCUGUUGCUGAAUGUGGUUGCAGCUGUCACGUUACAGCUGCAACUGGAGUGCCCUAAAAGUAUUCUAUUUAUAUCGCGUUGUAUAGGUCAUUCAUCUGUAACACCAGAUUUUUCUUAACUGCACUUCUCAUGAUAUUCGCUUAGCCUGAAAGAGAGCUCAAUUCUAUUUAGCUUCUCUUGGUGCACAUUGUGUUUAACUUGCAUAGUUAUUCACUAAAGGAGAAUUCAAAGUGAAUUUUAAAUUUAAGAUGGGAGUAAAUGAAAUGGAAACAUUUUCUAAUUCCACUAUGCUUCCAGUUUGUCUACUUUGGCCUUAGAUUUGAAAUACACUUCAAAAUCUCACUUUAGUUAAGAGCAGAACUUAAAGGGACACUAUAGUCACCAGAACUACAGCUUAAUGUAGUUGUUCUGGUGAGUAUAAUAGCUCCGUUCAGGCAUUUUCAUGUAAACACUGCAUUUUCAGAGAAAAUGCAGUGUUUAGGUUGCCCCUAGGGACACCUCCAAGUGACUACUCCUCAGAUGGCCACUGGAGGGGCUUCCUGGCUCAGGGCUGCACAGUAGGCAGCCGUGCCAUUCAGCGUUUCCAGGCUCUGAAUGGGGACACAAAUUUUUCCUCAUAGAGUUGCAUUGAUUCAAUGCAUCUCUGAGGAGGUGCUAAUUGGCCAAAAUGGUGUUUGGGCUCGCCAAUAUUAGCCAAUCCAAUGCUUUCUCAUGGGGGGGAAAUCUGCAAUUUUGAUGUGUCCAAAGGGCCUAGGCCAGCGCCGGUGGACCCGUGGAGAGCUGCAAAUAAGGUGUGUGUUGUUAACCCAUUCUGAAGGGGGUAGCAAGUCACCUAAAUGGUGGGUUUUCACUAAAGGGUCAGGAAUACAUGUUUGUGUUCCUGAUCCUAUAGUGUUGCUUUAAACGAAACUUAAACAAAAAAACUGAUCUGUAAGAUCUGAUCAGAAAAUUAAACUUUUUUUAUUAUUAUUUUCACAGACACUUUGUUUAUUCAGCCCUAGUCACACAUCCCUUGGCUGUAACACUUUUCAUUGCUUAAUGGCAGAGAAGUAAGCACUAACAUUGCAGAGGCAUGAUCUACGCACCUAAACCAAUUUCAUUCGAUUAAAGUUUUGGUUCACAUUACAGGUUAGCUUACACUUUAAUGGUCAUGGAGUGAUACUAAAGAAAUCCAGUUACUUAAAGAGACACUGUAGGCACCCAGACCAAUUCUGCCCAUUGGAGUGGUCUGGGUGCCAACUCCCACUACCCUUUACCCUGCCAGUGUAAUUAUUGCAGUUUUUUACAAACUGCAAUAAUUACCUUGCAGGGUUAAGUACUCCCCUAGUGGCUGUCUAGUAGAUAGCCACUAGAGGGCACUUCCUGCUCCAUAGCACAGGUUUUCUGUGCUAGAGCGUCGCUGGGCAUCCUCAUGCUAUGUGAGGACCUCCAGCAUCGCUCAAUUCCCCAUAGGAAAGCACUGAAAAUUUUUUUCAAUGCUUUCCUAUGGAGAGCUCUAGUGGCAGGCGGGAUCGGUCUUGCCCACCAGCUGACGUAAGGAAGAGGAGCGGUGACGAGCAGAAACCAUCGGCGGGGGUCUCAGGUAAGUGACUGAAGGGGUUUUCACCCCUUCAGCAACCGGGGAUGGUGGGAGGGAGAAGGGACACGCAGAGCCAGGAAAAGAUUAUUUUCCUGGCACUGGAGUGUCCCUUUUAAUGUGCAUAGGGUUUUGGAAUAGACAAAACUAAAGUCAAUACAUAAGUAGUGGCUUUUAGUUUAGUGAGAUCCAAAGAACUUGCAGGUCCAUUCAAAAACAUGUUAUUGUUAUACUCAUGCAAAAUACUUUGUGAGUUUUGAGGUGGCAAGUAAAUAGUAGGCCUGGCUCAUACAUUUUAAGCCCUGUGUUAACUUAUGAUCAAACCCUAGAUCAUCAGUCCUCAAGGCACAAAUUCAUUCCUUGUUUUGUACCCAAUUCCAAACAUAACCCUGUUUUAGUACCCAAAUGUUAUUAAAGGAAUGCUUAAAGGGACAUUAUAUUCACCAGAACUACAUCUUAAUGUAGUUGUUCUGGUGAGUAUAAUCAUUCCCUGUAGGCUUUUUGCUGUAAACACAGUUUUCAUAGAAAACAGUUAACAUGUCCCCCUAGGGACACCUCCAGUGGCCACUCUUCAGAUGGCCACUUGAGGUGCUUCUUGGGGUACUACGGUUCAGCAUCUCGACACUCUGCAUGGAGAGGCUGAAUUUUCCUCAUAGAUUCAAUUAAUCUUUAUGGAAGUUGCGGAUUGGCAAAGCCGCUGUUAGCUCCGCCCCCUGCUCAUUUCAGCCAAUUCGAUGCUUUCCUAUAGGUUGGUUAAAAAUCGUAAAUUUUGAUGUCAGGAAACAGUGUUCCUGACCCUGUAGUGUUUAAGUUGUAAAUGUCAACCUUCUGUUUUGGGCUUAUAGCUGCACCCUGCUAAGAUACAUCAAUAUAAAGGUAUGCUUCCCUACAGCUUUACAAGUUUUUGAGGCAUAACCCUAAAAAAAUUGAAUACGGCAUGCACAUUCUUGCCUCUAAUGAUUGUGCACAUUCUUGCAUCUAUGAUAGAUGGUGUAAGCAUGUGUCACGGAUGCAACAGUUCUAUGCGUUUUGUCAUCCUCAGACUUAACCAUUGGAUGACGUGGUAUAUCUGUAUGGAAUACCCAAAAUGUAUGAUGUGUUGACAGAGCAGCUUUAAUCUAAACAUUUAAGAUUACUUUUGUAAUUAAGUGAUGCUUGGGGUGAAUUCUGACUUGAGACAACAGUUGCACUUAUCCAAAUUAAACUGGAUUGACUGUAUGAAGCUCAACCCAACUCCUCACUGGGGGAGUGGUGAAUAUGUCAGUCAACUCCCAGUUGUUGUGGGGAUAAAAAGUGUGUAUGUAUGUGCAUCUCUUGCCACAUAUACGAGUGGGUCCUCUAAAUGGCUGCAUCAAAAUCUCAUCAUAAUUUUCUGUAGUAAUGUUUUGUUCUAAAUGGAGAAAGUUCACAGUAAAUAUUUAUCAUUAAAUGUGCACCCCUACAAGUAAAUUGUCUAUUUUUCCUUUUAUAAAUGUUUUGUUAAUGUUUGUUUUUUGUUGUUAGCAUGCUAUAACUGUGGCCGUGGUGGGCAUAUUGCAAAGGAUUGCAAGGAGCCAAGGAAGGAGAGAGAGCAAUGCUGCUACAACUGUGGCAAGCCUGGCCACCUUGCUCGGGACUGUGAUCAUGCUGACGAGCAGAAGUGUUAUUCCUGUGGAGAGUUUGGUCACAUUCAGAAAGAUUGCACCAAAGUGAAAUGCUACAGGUAAGUUGGUAUGAGGCGUGCUUACAGCUACUUGUUUUCCAUACUAUGCUGCAUUUUAACUGAAGUGUUUUAUGUUUCAGGUGUGGUGAAACUGGCCACGUAGCCAUCAAUUGCAGCAAGACCAGUGAAGUCAACUGUUACCGCUGUGGGGAGUCAGGGCACCUUGCUCGGGAAUGCACGAUUGAAGCUACAGCUUAAACUUCCUUUGUCGCCCCUCCUUUUUCUGAUUGAUGGUUGUAUUAUUUUCUCUGAAUCCUCUUCACUGGCCAAAGGUUGGCAGAUAGAGCUAGUCCCAGGCCAGUGAGCUUUACUUGACGUGUAAAAGGAGGAAAGGGGUGGAAAAAACCGACUUUCUGCAUUUAACUACAAAAAAAGUUUCUGUUUAGUUUGGUAGAGGUGUUAUGUAUAAUGCUUUGUUAAAGAUCCCCCUUUCCAUGCCGCUGGUGAAUUGGGAUUUAAUGAAUGGGAAGAGUUGAGUCAGACAGUAAUACUUUACAGGUAUUUCAACAGUGCCUGUGCUAGUGGGAAAGGGCUACUGAUGUGUCUGAAAAAUCCCGCCAUUCAAGUUUGAUGGUCUCAAUGUCCGACCUCAGCUGUUACCUCUGUAUCAGGCCCCUGUCUACAGCGUGGGUGGAAACACGUCACAGUCAGCUAGUGGCCGUGUCUAAAACAGGCAGAUUAAACCAUAUGCAGCAAUUUGGCCACUGAGUUAGCAUUGGAGAUACAGGUGAAAGCAAGGUUUAUUUUUAUUUUAUUCUUUUGGUUUUUGUUUUCAUGGGAAUGAGAGAAACCCAGGACGUGUAUCAGUUAAUUUAGCAAAUGAGAAGUCUAAGCUAUUCAGGAAUGUCAGAGAAAUGUUUUCAAUAAAAUCGAGAUGUUAUUUUUGUAUACUAUAUCAAUUUAGACAACCGUUUGAGUUUCAUUUGCUUGUAAUCAGUUUUUAAAGUCAGAUGGUUAAAGAAACUGAAGUCCUAGAACAUAGAAAUGUAAUUUUAAACUAUCAAUAAAGCUGGAGGAGGAAGGGGAGUUUGCCUAAAUUUUUUCUGUGUUUUCCCAAUUCAUUUCUCAGUCGUGUAGAAUGCAAGUCUUGUCAAACUAUGAAGUCCAAUUUAUCAAUCUGAG